AUGUUGGAGGAAGCUCUGAAGAAGUUCUCACUCUACGAUGGCGUCCAUGCUCACGUUGUCUUCAUCGCUUGUCCUACUCUCUAUCUUUAUGUGAAGAAACACUUUUUGGCUUUGAGUGGAAGGAGUCGUGAUGAUGGUUCGUGUGUCAUGAGGCUUUCAUUUAAGAAGAAAUCAACUGACUGGUUGGUUUUGGUGAGAAUGCUAAAAAAUGUUGUAAUCUAUUUGGGAGAUGUUGACUUUGUAGAGGAAUGA